AUGCCAGUAGAUAGAAUUUACGCAGAGUUGGAAAACUUCGACACAGCAAAUUACGACUUCUUUAGAAGACUGAUACCUAGGGCAAAUGUGAACUUCAGUCGGCAGGAACCAAAGAAAACAAAAUCACCGGAGGAGGAAAAAGUGGUUGAAAUGAUAAAAAAAUGGAGAUUAAAUGAAGAAGCAGAACACCAAUUAUUAUUAGACCAAUUUGAUAAAGGACAACAGAGCAGCAAAGCGCUAAAUAAAGACAAUGUAGCACCAGAAGAAGUAGUUGAGAUCAUUAAAGAUUAUCGAUCAGAAAAAAUAGUAUACGAGAGAUUCAAAGACUCAACAAAAAGAAAAGAUAUUUGUGGAAAGAUGGACAAAAUUAAAGAUAUCUUUAUCAAGACUUCUAAUGGUAUGGAAUGGGAAAAAAUUAAUGCAGAGGCGGUGACAGAGAUGAAAAAUGAAUUGAAGAUCGAAGGAAUGGAGAACUUCAACCAAUGGAUACAGAAAGAGAAUAAUUACCUUUUACUAAAAAAAAAAAUCAUUAGUUUGGCGGAACAAAAUAAGAUUCUUUUAGAAUACAUGACGCUAAACAAUGAUUUCACAAAAAGGUUGAAGGAUAAUAACUGA